UCUACACUCUGUUGACUGCCGUGCCAAACCCGAGUGGUUUUUGGUCUUCCAAGACUUGAGCCACAGUUCAAAAAAGCUAUAUGUAAAUUCCAAAGCCAGAGAUUAAUAUCAUCACCUCUUCAAUUCUUGAUUGUAUGAGUGUUUCUUAUUACAACCUCCCAAUGAAAAUUCCGUUCUUUUCAUGGCUCUUCUUGAUACCAAUAUGCUCACUUUUUGUCAACUUUCCUGUCUUUGUGGUGUCUGGCCAAUGUCGUGGUGAUCAGCGAUCCUAUUUGCUCGAUAUGAAGAAAAACCUCAAAUUCGACACAACUAGGUCCACAAAACUAGUGCAUUGGAAUGAAAGUACUGAUUGCUGUUCGUGGGAAGGGGUCACCUGCAAUGGGGGACUUGUUGUUGGCCUCAACUUGGCCUGGGAAUCAAUCUUUGACGGACUCGACAAUUCAAGUAGCCUUUUCUGCUUGCAGUAUCUCCAAAACCUGAAUUUGGCUUAUAAUGAACUCGAUUCCCCGAUUCCUCCGGAGUUUGGAAAUCUGACGAAUUUAAGGUAUUUAAGCCUAUCAUAUGCUGACUUUGAAGGGCAGAUUCCCAUUGAGAUUUCACGUCUCACAAGGUUGGUUUCUCUCGAUUUGUCUAACGAUAACGUACUUGAGAACCCAGACUUGGCUUCGUUAGUUCACAACCUUACGUGGCUUACGGAACUUUAUUUGGAUGGUGUAAAUAUAUCAUCUCAAGGGAAUGAGUGGUGCCAGGCCGUAUCAUCUUCACUCCCAAAUCUAAGGGUGUUGAGCAUGUCAGGUUGUAACCUUCAGGGGCCUCCGGAUUCCUCCUUACUCAAGCUUCAGUCUCUCUCAAUUAUUCAACUCGAUGAUAACAAUUUUUCUGCUCCAGUUCCAGAAUUUUUUUCCUAUUUCAGACAUUUAACAUCCUUGUGGCUCAGUAGCUGUGGAUUGAAUGGACAACUUCCGAAAAAGAUCUUCCAGAUUCCAACAUUGCAGACGAUAGACUUAUCAUUUAAUGAAAUUCUCGGUUCUUUGCCUGAAUUUCAUUCAAAUGGUUCUCUUCAGUCGCUGGUGCUUAGUGGUACAAACUUUUCAGGGGCACUUCCUGAUUCUAUUGGCAACCUUAAAGGGUUGUCCAAAAUAGAUCUCUCACGGUGCAACUUCUCUGGAUCUAUCCCAAAUUCCAUAGCAAAUCUUACUCAAUUGGUUCAUUUGGACUUAUCAUCAAACAGCUUCACUGGAUCUAUCCUAAAUUCCAUUGCAAAUCUUGUUCAAUUGGUUCAUUUGGACUUAUCAUCAAACAAUUUCACUGGAUCAAUACCAAACUCCAUGACAAAUCUUACCCGAUUGUUUGAUUUGUACAUAUCAUCAAACAAUUUCACUGGAUCUAUCCCAAACUUCAUGGCAAAUCUUACUGAAUUGGUUAAUAUUGAAAUGUCAUCAAACAACUUCAUCGGACCAGUUCCAUCAUUCAACAUGGCACAGAAUUUGGACACGAUAGAUCUUUCUGAUAAUCAUUUGACAGGUCAGUUUACUUUCACUCACUGGAAAGAGCUUCCAAGUCUAGGGAAACUUUGUUUGUCCAACAACAAAUUGUCUGGUCAAAUCCAUGAAUUUUCCAAUUCUUUCUUCCUGUUGGAAUACCUCGAUUUGAGUAGGAACUAUUUGGAAGGGCCCAUACCCACUUCUAUUGGUAAACUCCAACGUCUUCGAAUCCUAUUACUUUCUUCAAAUAACUUUAAUGGCUCCUUUCAACUUAAUGUGUUUCAGCAGUUGACAAAUCUUAUUGUGCUUGAUCUUUCUGACAAUAGCUUGUUGAUUGAAUAUAAUGGAACGAAUUCUUCAUUAUCCCCCUUUUCCCUUAUUGAGUCAUUGCGAUUGGCUUCUCUCAAGUUAAAAACAUUUCCUAGUUUCUUGAGAAACCAAACCAGCUUACUAAUUUUAGACCUUUCUAGAAACCAGAUACAUGGAGAGAUACCAAACUGGAUUUGGGAACUUGAUCUUUUACAGUUAAAUCUCUCAUAUAACUACCUUGAAGGACCUCUACUCAAUCUUUCAUCAUUAGGUAUGCUAGACCUUCGGUCCAACCAAUUCCAAGGGCAACUCCCAACUCCCCCACCAUCUUGUUCGUAUCUGGACUUGUCAUGGAAUAAUUUUAGCUCUGUCAUACCAAUUGACAUUGGUAACUAUCUUUCUAACACUAGUUUUUUAUCUCUUUCAAGCAAUAAACUCAAUGGGCAUAUCCCUGAAGCAAUAUGCAAAGCUACAUAUCUUGAAAUUCUAGAUCUGUCUAAUAAUUUCUUGAGUGGCACAAUUCCCCACUGCCUCAUUGCAAUGAGUGAAACUCUAAAGGUUCUAGAUCUAAGGAGAAACAACCUCACUGGCAAAAUAUCAGACAUAUUUCCAAGCAAUUGUAGUUUACAAACUUUGAGUCUCAAUAGAAACCUACUAGAAGGGAUGGUACCAAAUUCUCUUGCCAAUUGCACAAAUUUGGAGUUAUUGGACAUUGGGAACAACCGGAUACAAGAUGAGUUCCCAUGUCACUUGAAAGACAUAUCCAGUUUGCGUGUCCUUAUCUUGAGAUCAAACAAAUUUUAUGGUUCUGUUGGUUGUGGAGGGCUGAAUGCAACUUGGUCGAUACUUCAAAUUGUAGACCUUGCUUCAAAUAACUUUAGUGGUAAGUUAUCAAUAAAGUCCUUCGCUAACUCAAAGGCAAUGAUAGCUAAUAAUGAAGUCCAAUCAGAGCUCAAUUACCUCCAUUCUGUGGCUAGUAUAGUAACGCUUUCCAUGGGUAGAUUCUAUGAAAGGUACAUUGAAAAGAAUUAUCAGUAUCAAGAUGCAAUAGCAAUUUUCAUUAAGGGUCUAGAGUGGGAAUUGGUGAAGAUUUUGACUCUUGUCACUUCAAUUGACCUUUCAUGCAACAAUCUUGAUGGGCCAAUACCAGAAGAAAUAGAAGUACUUAAAUCGUUGUAUGUUCUCAACUUGUCACACAAUGCUUUCACGGGCCGAAUCCCGCCAUCUCUAGGAAAAUUAAGUGAACUUGAGUCAUUGGACUUGUCAAGCAACAAGCUUGUCGGUGGGAUACCUAUGCAACUUGCAGAUAGUCUCACUUUUCUAUCAGUCUUAAACCUUUCGUUUAAUCAAUUGGUUGGGCCAAUUCCAUAUAUCAAGCAAUUUGCUACAUUUUCAGAAGGUUCCUAUGAAGGGAAUAAAGGAUUAUGUGGGCACCCUUUGAAGGCAGAAUGUAGAUCUGCAGAUAGAAGACCGCCAGCUCCAUUUGAAGAUAUGCACUCAAAAUCUAGGCCUUUGAUUGACUGGAAUUACCUGUGUGUUGAACUGGGAUUUGUUUUUGGCUUUGGGAUGGUCAUUGGGCCGCUUGUGCUUUGGAAGAGGUGGAGGAUACGGUAUUACAAACACGCUGAUGACAUUUUUUUCAGGAUCUUUCCUCAGCUGUACCUUAGGUGGGAAAAAAACCAUCAAGUCCAACGACAUAGGAUUCGAAUGCAGAGGCACUAAUGUUUAUUGGAUGCGAGCUUUGUCAGUGGUCAAUGGAAGUUUUACCCCUCUCAAGCAAUUUCGUCAUCUUGAUGUUCCAUGACAUCAACAGAAAGGUUGCUUGGCUGUGUAACAUGUGCUGCAGAAUAACGUGUUGGAGUUGUUAAUUAUCCUUGAUUUAAUAAUUUUUCAUGCAACUGCUUUUUAUUUAUUACCUUUAUUAGUGUUGUUGUUAAAGUGUGCUGCAGAAUAACGUGUUGGAGUUGUUAAUUAUCCUUGAUUUAAUAAUUUUUCAUGCAACUGCUUUUUAUUUAUUACCUUUA